AUGGAAACACAGGUGAAGCACUGCUUAAAUGCUGACAGCAGCUCCAUGAAAAGCAGGAUGCUGAAGGGAAAAUACCAGGGAACUACCGUAAUAAGUGAAAGGGAACAGAGGAUGAAGGAAUCAAAAGAAAAAUUUAACAGAAGGAGGAAAAAUGAAAGUGAAGGUGAUUGCUCCUAUCUACAUGUAACCAAUGCUAGCCUAAGAAGCGGGGAUCCAAAAGACAGCUAUCCUACUGGGACUGUUUUACAAUACCGUUGUAUCCGAGGUUAUGAGCCUAUUCCUGGAAAAACUCUUUCUCUUACAUGUCUUGCCAAUUCAAAAUGGUCAGUAGAAAAUCCUAGGUUUUGUCAAGGUAAGUUUGACUUAAUUUGUACCUGUUUCUUUUUAAAGAAAUCAAGGCUGCAUGUGCUAAUGCUUGUUUUGAUUUUCCUGUUAGGAAAGCGAUGUCCUGCAAUAAAUUUAGAGAAUGGCAGAAUAGUAAAAUCAAAUGACUUGCGGCUAGGUGAUGAAAUAACUCUAGGCUGUAAUGAGGGAUUUGUCUUUCUCUUUAGGUACAGAAUGAUAGGCGAAAAUACUCUUCGAUGUUUGCUUAUAGGCAACAGUGUUAAUUGGAAUAGAGAUCUUCCACUUUGCCAACGAAUCCCCUGUUUCCCCCCUCCUAAGAUUGCCAAUGGUCGACACAGUGGCACACCUGAUGAUGAAUAUAACUAUGGCUCAUCAGUGACGUACACUUGUAAUCCUUACUACUCACUUAUUGGAAGCCCUACUAUUACAUGUUUAGUGGCUGCAGAUGGUAUAAACGGAGAGUGGCGUCCAGCUGCACCUGAAUGUAAAGUGGUCGUAUGCAUGAAACCUAACAUAAGAAAUGGAAGAAUUACAACUGUGUUUAAGCCUGCGUACACCUAUGGAAACCGUGUAAUGUUUGUAUGUAAUCGUGGAUACACUCUGGUGGGGAAUGACAGUAGUACAUGUGGGGCUGACAAUGCCUGGCAUCCUCCUGUUCCAACAUGUGUUAAGGGUACCACCACCACUGUUGCCACCAUCCGUCCAGAUGGAAGUACCAAAAAAACAACUUCUAGCACAAGAUGCAUUCUGGCUUUUUUAAUCGUGCUUUCUCUAAUUGCUGUAUUUUGGAAAUACCGAUCUUCCAUGAAAACUGGAGAACCUGAAGCUCCUUCUAGUCCUGCUGAAUUUGACAAGUCAGUAUCAAAAUCUGGAUUGGAACCCAAAGGUUCUCAAUUGAACAAGGUUUCUUCAGGUUCUCCUUUUUGUGCUGCUGCGAUGGCCCCUCUCACCUGCAACUUUGGCGGGCCUUCUUUGUCGCCGCCGCCGCUCCUGCUCCUGCUGCUGCUUCUCUCGUUGUCCAGAGUUCGAGGUGAGGCGGGGUGUGAGAGUGACUGUGGUACAGCCUGUGUACACAUACAGUAUAACAGUCGCGUAAAGUUUGUAUGUGAUCCUGCACACACUCUGGUGGGGAGUAGCAGUAGUAAAUGUGGGGCUGACAAUGCCUGGCAACCUCCUGCUCCAGAAUUUGUUAAAGGUAAGUAUCUCACUACACUUAAAUGGGUUACUUGGGAGGAAGCACAAGGUAUAAAUUCAGUAAAUAAAUGUCAGAGCUAUUGUGUUGCAGAAUCCUUCUUUAUUUGCUCUCUUUUCUGCCAGCUUCCACACCAGUUGUCCCCAUCACCAUUUCCGGAAACAUACCUACAACCUGAAGCUCCUACUAGCCCUGCUGAAUUUAACGAGGCAGAAUUGGAACCCAAAGGUUCCCAAUUGUAUCUCAAGUGGGUCCUAGUAGCUCAAGUAUUGCUGCUGAUCAAUGCCAGGUCCGUGAAUGGCAAAACAACAGCCAUCCCAGACUUGAUCCGGGAUGAGUAUACUGACCUGGGUUGUAUUACAGAGACCUGUUUGGAUGAACUGUCCGAGCACGCGGCGCGCUCUGUCGCUUUGCUUUUCAGCUUCAGAGGGAGCUGCGGCGGCACUUUCUCUUUCUCCGACUCCGGCCGGGUCUCUCUCUCGUGCGAUGGCGCCCCUUCCCGGCUUCCCUGGCGGGGGGCGGUUUCCGUCGGCGCUGCUGUUGCCGCCGCUGCUGAUGUUUUCCUCGCUGUCCAGAGUUCAAGCUUCAGAACUUCCUCUGAAUUUUUAUUUCCAAUUGAUUGCACCCAUCCACGUGUAGCCAGUGCUACCCUAAGGAGCGGGGAUCCAAAAGACAGUUAUCCUGCUGGGACUGUUUUGCGCUACCGUUGCAUUCCAGGUUAUGAGCCUAUUCCUGGAGAGACUCUUUCUCUUACAUGUCUUGACACUUCAAAAUGGUCAGUAGAAAAUCCUAGGUUUUGUCAAGGUAAGUUUCACUUAAUUAGAAGGCGAUGUACUGCUGUAACUAUAGAGAAUGGCAGAAUAGUAAUACCAAGCCCUAUGCAGAUAGGUGAUGAAAUAACUCUAGGCUGUAAUGAGGGGUACAGACUGAUAGGCGAAAAGACUCUGCGAUGUGUGCUUGUAGGCGACAAAGCUGAAUGGCAUACAGACCCUCCAAUUUGCCGUCAAAUCCGAUGUUACCCCCCUGAUAACAUUGAGUUUGGUUCACACAGUGGUCAACCUCAUGAAGAGUUUCACUAUGGCUCAACAGUGACAUACACUUGUAAUGAAGGAUUCUCCCUUAUUGGAAGCCCGAAUAGUACAUGUUCACCUUCUUCAACUAGUACUGCUGGAGUGUGGCUCCCACGUCCGCCUAAAUGUAAAGUGGUCCGUUGCCGUGAACCUGAAAUAGAAAAUGGAAGAGUGACAACACCGACUCAGGAUAUUUACACAUAUGGAGAUCGUGCAUCUUUUGAAUGUAAUCCAGGAUACGUUAUGGUGGGGCGUAGCACUUGUACAUGUGGGCCUAACCAUGGAUGGAUUCCUCGUUUUCCAAAAUGCGUUUGGGAUGGUUCAAUUGCAACCACUGCCGGAGAAGGAGGAGGAGGAGACGGAGCAGCAGACGGAGGAGGAGAUGUAGCAGAUGCAGGAGGAGAGGACGUUGUAGACCCCGGACAAGGAGGAGAUCCACAGACAACGCUUCCUCCGGAUGAGAUAGGUACAGUUGAAAAGUGGCAGUGA